CUCCUCCCCGCUCCCCCCCCCCCCUUUCGCGUGAAGUAGGAUCCUUGAGCUGUUGCAGAGGCAGCCAACUGCUCCAUAUUUGGCUUCUAUUACACAUUUACAUACUGGAGAGCGGAGCGGCAGCGAGCGCUGUACCGCAGACAUCAUUUCUACUACAGCGCCGGAGCAGCCCGGAGCGUGUCCCCGCGGGAGAAGGAGCCCGCACGCACACACACACACCCGCAGACCCCCGCCCCGGGAGGACGGCGGUGCGCGAGCCUCUGCCUGACCCCCCCGCCAGCCCCACCUCCACUGACACUUUACAUCACACCGCAGGCCGAGCCAGACGGACGAGCAAUACAAGCUGUGAAUUUAUAGUUGACCCCUGCAGGACAGUGACCGCCUUCGCCGUCGUCUUCGCCAUACAGAGAUGCACUGUCAAUAAGAUCCUGGAGCCCAGGAAAGAGUUUUAAUGCAAAGCAUCAGAAAAAAACCGCUGCAACAUCUCAUGUGAGAGAGGGGAGAGAAGAAAGGAGACUUGCGCAAUAGCAUCUUGAAACACUCGUAUGGUUUGAGCUGCAGCUUUGGGAAUUUGCCUAUUUGCUUUGCCGGGGGUGGUGGAGAGGACCUCCUGCCCUUGGUUGUGUCUGUGGGAUCUGUUAUACGAGUGCCUGCCCUGGCUGCCUGAUGCUUUUUGACUUGCCAUGGGAUCUGCAGCAUUCUGGAUCCAAGCUCUAGCUCACCUCAUUUGAAAGAGGAAAGCCAUUGAGAACCUGUGAGCAAUCCAACAGCUUCUGAAAAAUCUUCAUGCUAAAGGAUAAUCCAGAAUUCCCUGGAGAAGAACAUAGUGAAUGUUAAUCCAGAGGAGCCGUUGGAGGAUCGUGCUCACGGGGAGAUGAUUCCUCAUGAAGUCACUGGAUCCCUUGCAGAAAUCAAAUGUGACUUUCCAUUUAUCAGACUGAAAUCAGAGCCAGCCAGACAGUGAAGCAAUCACAGUGGAGGGGGGACGGCGAAAGAUGAAAUCCAACCAAGAGCGGAGCAACGAAUGCCUGCCGCCCAAGAAGCGAGAGAUCCCCGCCACCAGCCUGCCUUCGGAGGUGAAGCCGAUCCUGCCGAAUGACAACCACCGCACGGACAACCUAGCAUGGCUCCCCGGCAGCCAGAGCACCCUGGGGGGCAGGCACAGGCCCGGGGGGACGUCGGCGGAGGUGGGCUUGCAGCAGGGCCUGCACAAGCCGCCGCCGCCGGGGCUGGACUAUUCCCCACCGAGCGCGCCCAGGUCGGUGCCGGCCCCCACCACGCUCCCCACCGUGUACUCGCCCGCACUCUCCCAGUCCGGGACCCCCGUCUCCCCUGUGCAGUACACGCACCUGCAGCACACGUUCCAGUUCGUCGGGCCCCAGUACAGCGGACCAUAUGCCGGGUUCAUCCCCUCGCAGCUGAUCUCCCCGACCGCCAAUUCGGCAACCGGCGCCGUGGCGGCGGCCACAGCUGUUGCGACCACUCCAUCCCAGCGCUCCCAGCUGGAGGCUUAUUCCACGUUGCUGGCCAGCAUGAGCGGCUUAAGCCAGCAGGGGCACAAAGUCGAGCCGCACCUGGUUAGGACGCCCGGGCUGAUCGCUGCGGGGUCUCCUCCACCCACCCAGCAGAACCAGUACGUCCACAUCUCCAGCUCUCCCCAGAGCGUGGUCAGAAACGUCUCUCCUCCAACCAUCCCGGUCCCCCUGCACCCCCACCAGACGGUGAUCCCCCACACGCUCACCCUUGGCCCUUCCUCCCAGGUGGUGGUGCAGUACAGCGAUGCCUCGCACUUUGUCGCAAGGGACGCCCCCAAGAAGCCCGAGAGUGGCCGGCUGCAGGCCAUGCAGGCCAAGGAGGUGCUGAACGGCGAGAUAGAGAAGAGCCGGAGGUAUGGCAUUUCACCCUCUGCCGACAUGGGUCUGGUCAAAGCAGGCAAUAAACCAGCUCCCCACCAUUACGAGACCAGGCACAUGGUGGUGCACUCGGGCCCCACCGAGUACGGCGCCCGGGAGUCCUCAGGGGUCCGAGCCUCCGUCAUGGUGGUCCCCAACAGCAGCACGCCAACCGCGGACUUGGAGGUGCAGCAGGCCACCAACCGAGAGACCUCUCCCUCAGCCCUCAACGACAAGGGAAGCUUGCACCUAGGAAAGCCAACCCACCGCUCCUACGCUUUGUCCCCGCAGCAGGCCCUGGGCCACGAGGGGGUGAAGGCCGUGGCCACGCUGUCCCCCCACACGGUCAUCCAGACGACCCACAGCGCCUCCGAGCAGCUCCCCGUGGGGCUGCCGGCCACGGCCUUCUACGCCGGGACCCAGCCGCCGGUGAUCGGCUACCUGAGCAGCCAGCAGCAAGCGCUGGGGUACCCCGGGGGGCUGCCCCAGCACCUGGUGAUCCCCGGCACGCAGCCCCUACUCAUACCGGUCGGCAGCGCCGACGUCGAGCCGUCGGGCGUCGCGCCGGCCAUUGUCACCUCGUCUCCCCAGUUCGCAGCAGUGCCUCACACAUUUGUCACCACCGCUGUCCCCAAGAGCGAGGCUUUCAGCGCCGAGCCCCACACCACCCAGCCCGCCUACCAGGCCACCAUGGUGCAGGCGCAGAUCCACCUCCCCGUGGUGCAGUCCAUCGCAUCCCCCGCCGCGGCCCCCCCCACGCUGCCCCCCUACUUCAUGAAGGGGUCGAUCAUCCAGCUGGCCAACGGGGAGCUGAAGAAAGUAGAGGACUUAAAAACAGAAGACUUCAUACAGAGCGCGGAAAUUAGCAAUGACCUGAAAAUAGACUCCAGCACUGUGGAGAGGAUCGAAGACAGCCAUAACCCAGGCAUUGCUGUGAUACAGUUUGCGGUUGGAGAGCAUCGAGCACAGGUCAGCGUGGAGGUCUUGGUAGAAUACCCUUUUUUUGUAUUUGGACAAGGCUGGUCAUCCUGCUGCCCCGAGAGAACCAGCCAGCUCUUUGAUUUGCCAUGCUCCAAACUCUCAGUGGGGGACGUCUGCAUAUCGCUUACGCUCAAGAACCUGAAGAACGGCUCUAUUAAAAAGGGCCAGCCCGUGGACUCAGCUAGCAUCUUGCUGAAGCAUUCAAAGAAUGACAGUCUAGCUGGAAGUAGACACAGGUAUGCGGAGCAGGAAAAUGGGAUUAAUCAGGGAAGUGCACAGAUGUUAGCUGAGAAUGGUGAACUGAAGUUUCCGGACAAAAUAGGAUUGCCUGCAGCACCUUUGCUCACCAAAACAGAACCCAGCAAGCCCCCGGCAACGAGGAAGAGGAGGUGGUCAGCCCCCGAGUCGCGGAAACUAGAGAAAUCCGAAGAGGAGCCACCUUUGACUCUUCCCAAGCCUUCUUUUAUUCCUCAGGAGGUUAAGAUUUGCAUUGAAGGUCGAUCCAAUGUAGGAAAGUAAAUGUUGUUUGGGGAAAGGAAAUUAGGCUAUCCCUUGUCAUUUUUAUCCAGAUUACUGUACUGUAGACUAAAUAACCCAGUAUUUACAUGUUAUCAUCUUAUUUUAGGUUUAUGUUAUAACCUUGUUGUUAUAGUUGCAGCUGGUAUUAUGCAGGAGACUGGUGCAUAUGUUUUUCCACAAGUGUUUGUCAGUGACUAGGUUUCCUGAGAGCUACAGAAGGGGCAGUAUCUGCUUCACACACCCUUAGUGGAAAUGAAUGUGUUGUCAUGGCUCCUGUUUUCUAACACCUCGUGUAGGACAGGGUCCAGCUGUGAUUUUGUUUUCAUUGUUUGGGGUUUUUUUAGUUUGUUUUUUUUUUCCCUCGUUUUGGUUCCUGUUCUAGUUUUUGGGGGGAGGUGAGGAGAAGGGAACUGUAGCAGAGGUGUGUGUCACGCGUGGUGUGCGUGUCAUGCGUGGUGUGCGUGUGUCACGCGUGGUGUGCGUGUGUGCGCGUGCCCAGCCCGAGGCAGCCCCGCGGCUGUGGGGGCUCGUGGGGAGGUUUCCCUACCCCAGGUGAAUGCGGAGGACACAGCCCACAGAUGUCACUGAAAAGGAUCGGAUGCUCUCUGACCUUGUCAACAAUAAGCCAACUCUUACUCAAGAUUCACAGUAUAUAUAUGUACACAUAUAUGUGCAUGUAUAUAUAUAUGUAUAUAUAUAUAUUUGUGUGUGUGUGUGUGUAUCCGUACAUAUAUAUUUCCCCCAUGGGGUCUGACUGCACUGAUUUUUAUUCGCGAAGCAACUGCCACGCCAACGUUUCCUUCUGCGUGCUCGUGCAGUUCGGUGCCAGAGGCCGUGCACACACACACACACACGGGGCGGCUGUGCUGCACCAUUCACCCUGUGGGGUUGCCUGGUGCCGUGGGUGUGCGCGAGUGUGCGCGGGUGUGCGUGGGUGUGCAGGGAGCCUCCGGCCGGGUGAUGUGCCCGGCUCAGGCUCACUCCUGUUUCUGUGCAGUGUUAGACGCAUCGGUCAGGUUAUGCCAUGGACAUUUGCUUCCACGAGGGAGAUGCAUACUGCCCCUUUGAGAUCACAGGCACACGUCGUUUGCAGUUAGGUUGCAGAUCUCGGUCUUUAACUCUAUAGUACUGUUUUUGGUUCAUGAUUAUGGACAACCGGUGCCACUUUUUUCAAGUUUCAGUGUGACACAGGAACCCGAUGUUGAAGAGGAACGUAGAAUGUCUUUAAGCACUUAAAAUGCUGUUCACACUUUAUGGCUGAGCAUCCUGGUCUAACGCUCGGCGCGUACUGUAUCUCACUUUGAUCUGCUCGGAAGGCAGCAGCAGCAAACAAACGAAUCUCUUCAACACUGUAACUACACGCGACUCUGUAAAGUUGUCUCACAGGCAAGGCGCUGAAAGUUUCCAUGUGGUUUCAAAGGGAUGAAUGUGAAUUAUUGAACUAGUAUGUGACAGUCAUUGUCCACAAAGGACUACUUAAUAGGAGGCACUUUUUAAACUUUAAUGCUUGAGAAAGAGUUAAAGGCGUAUGCGAGCUGACAGGUAAUAAACAAAUAAGAGAGAGGAGAAAGGAAAGAGAAAAAAAAAAUCUUUGUCCAGUGUUUUUGAAAAAGAUGGACUUUAAAGAAUCUUGCAAUUUGCACAUCUUGAGUUUAUCAUUUGUGUGGUAUUCCUGCAGUUUUUACCUAAUAAUGUUGUGGGGUGGGGGGGGUCUGAAAGAGCAUAAACAAAUGUAGCAAUGACUCACUAACCUGCCUGGCUCUAGGCCGUUUCGUAGGGUUACGUUCCUUUCCCAGUCCAUUUUGGUCUCCGCCAUAUCUGCCACACAGAACCAGGUCCUACCGGGACAGCUCUGAGAAUUUGUCUUCAGACUUGCUGAGAGUUUUCCACGAGAGACAUUUCUAUACGUAAGCAAGGUGUUUGUUUGGUUUUUUUUUAAAAAAAAAAACAAACCGAAUGUUAUUUUCCUCUUACGAUUCUUUGUUCUUUUCAUUUCCCAUUCGGACGACUAGAUUCAGGAGUUUGGUACAGAAGGAGCCGCGGGGAUGCGCGCCGCUCGGCCCCAUGGCUCCCCAGUAGGGCCGCGCACCCGGCCGCCCGCACGAGGUGCUCAGCGCUUGGGGCCGGCGGAGGGAGGGCCCCGCUGGUUUCCGUGGGGUCAGGCUCGGGCCCCGCGCGGUCGAGCGUUCGCGUCAUCCUUUCGGUCGGUGAGUUCCCGUCUUCAGGCAGUUUUGAAGAAGCCGUACUGAUGGGGAGGAAAGGAAAUCAAAGUUCUGGAUAUUGGAAAUGCAGUACCUGAAGCGAACGAGCCUAUUGAAAAUCUCGUUUUCCCUCUCCCCUAAAACGCAAUGCUUUUAUUUAAGAAAAGAAAUGUUAACCCCAAACCCCAGCUUUGACUCUGUUAUGUGUUACUUGAAAUUUAGCUCACACCAGAACUAAUUGUUUUUAUACCGUAUUCUGGGGUGCACCAAAAAGUUGAAAUACGUUUAAAAUAGCUUGAAACUUUUCUUGAAUUUCCUUGAAUUUUAUUAACCUCUCAGCGGGCUACCAAAUAGCUGAGCGGGUUUCUUCUCACAGUCACGCAGCUUAGGUAGUGCUUCUUCGUUAAUAUUUCUGCUCAGAGAAGUUGCUUAAUCUUCCAUAUACUCUGCUCAGGGCACUUGCAAUUUAUUGUUUUGUUUCGUUUCCUGUUUCGUUUUUGAGCUUCGAUGGUAAAGGAAUAGAAAGAAUCGCAGAUGUUACUUGGCAUUCGUACCACUAUUUCUGUCAUUCACACGUACUCGGAAAAAAUCUCCACGAGAACCACGCGCAUUCACGGUUGUGGUCAAUAAGGAAGCGGGGGCUGUUGAACUGACUGGAUCUACUCGACUAACACUAAAAAAAAAAUAAAAAAGAAAACUAAUAAAAAAAAUAAGUUUGGAGCAAUAGGAAUGUAUUAGUUCUGUGCUUGUAUUUCAGACUGAGGAAUUCUGAAAUAACUGGUUCUUUCCAAACGACUGUCCCUUUCCGUGCUUUGGCUUUUGUAGGAUGUGCAAUACUUUACGUGCCAACGUAGACUCACCCGUGCGGUGUUAGCUAGAUCUCAUACCCUCUUCUGGUUUCCCCUUUCUGUUCUCUUGGAACAGUUCCUUCCUUCCUUCCUUCUUUUCCUGUUAAUAACUCCCUCCCCCCAGAAAGCGACGAAUUGAGGGCCGGGUGUCCCUGCCACCCGGGGCACCCCGACCCCUUUUGUGUUCGGUGCGCGUGGCACGUGAAUCACGGGCCUGCCGCGGCCCUGUGUGUUUGGAAUGCAUGCCUCUGGCCUCCGCAGUGUAACGGGGAGAAAAAAAAAAAGAUCCAGGAAGAAAAGAAAAGCUUAACCCAAGCUCACCCCACAACCACCAAGA